AUGCCACAGAGGUUCAGAACAACCUCCAGCGACGCUGCCAUCCAGCUCGACCUCAUUGCGAAAGUGCACGGCAUUUCGAGCGCCGAACAAUACUUCAAAAAUAUUCCAAUCGCCUUAAUGGACAAUAGAAUAUAUGGCUCCCUUCUAAACGCGUAUGUCCGCUCAACGAUGAGGGAAAAGGCCGAGUCCCUAAUGGAGGAAAUGAGAAACAGAAACUAUGCCAACCACAUCCUUCCUUUCAAUGUGAUGAUGACCCUCUACCUGAAACUCAAAGACUUUGAGAAAGUGGAGUCGUUAAUAUCAGAAAUAUUCGAGAAAGAGAUAUCGCCCGAUAUUUACACCUACAACAUAUGGCUCUCUUCCCAUGGGUCCCAAGGCUCCGUGGAUAAAAUGGAGCAAGUUUUUCAGCAGAUGGAGCUCGAAAACUCCAUAGAUCCAAACUGGUCAACUUUCAGCACGAUGGCCGCGAUGUAUAUUAAAUCGGGUCUCCUGGAGAAAGCCGAGGAGUGUCUAAGGAAACUCGAGGAUGUGAUUAUGGGCCGCGACCGUAAUCCUUACCACUAUCUCAUGACCCUAUAUGGCACUAUGGGCAGGAAGGAGGAGGUCUAUCGAAUAUGGAACAUUUACAAGGCCUCGUAUGAAAAUAUCCCUAACUAUGGGUAUCACUCGGUGAUUUCAGCCCUUAUCCGAUCGGAUGACAUGGAGGGUGCUGAGAAGAUGUAUGACGAGUGGCUUUCGGUAAAUUCGGCUUUUGACCCGCGGUUAGGUAAUCUGCUCUUAGGCGCUUAUUUGAGAAACGGGCUUUCCGAAAAGGCAGAGACUUUAUUCGACCAGAUGGGCGAGAUGGGAGGGAAACCCAGCCCGUUUACGUGGGAGAUACUCUCGGAGGACCACAUUGCAAAUAUGAGGAUCCCCGAGGCCCUUUCUUGCCUCAAAAAUGCGGCCUCGACCGAGUGGUCGGUAAGCUGGAAGCCGAGGCAUCAAAUUGUGUCCAAAAUUCUCGAGAUUUUGGAGAAAGAUGAUGAUGUGGUGAGUAAGGAGUCGUUGUUGGAGAUAUUGAGGCAGGUGGGGUGUCUCGAUGAUGCAGCUUACAUUUCGAAUAUACCUUUGUUGGGUGAUGACAAGUUUGGUGGGGGUGAGGAUGGGAAUUUGGAGGUACUCGAUCAACUGCAGGAGAGCUUGUGA